AUGACUUACGCAACCAACCAAAGCACCGGCGACACCCAACACAACGUACGGGACGCUGCCUUGCAUGGCGCCACCCUAGCGUUCUCUAAACCCGCCGCGAAACCGAAGCCUCUAGUGAACACAUACACUGGGGAGGGAAACGGUGCGUUGCUAGCUGCAACCAAAGUUGGCAGCCCACGGAACAAUGCAGGAGCUGCGGGUAGCUCGGCGCCUCUGACGCGCGAUUGGACGGGCUCGCGGAGCGUCACCAGUCAGUCUGCGGUACAACCAGGAAGCAAGUCUACCAAUUCCCACAAGCUGGGAGUGCCUGAGGAACAUCCCGUCCGCAACUCUUCUCCCUCGAACAUUGCGGCCCGGCUGGCUGCGGCCCGUCACUCUCCCCUACGACCGACACCUGCACCUACACCUCAGGCUGCCACCAUUACGCCCAUCAUGAGUGAGCGGCAUACACAUGACAGGGACGUCUUGCCUCCAUCAGGGAGCGUAGGCAGCGUAUUGGCAAGGCUGGACACAAAGAAGCCAAGCCCACAGCCCCGAAAGAGGCGGGACAGCUUCGACUCGCGCUCAGUUACAGCAUCGAAGCAAGACAGGCCCACCGAUGACACCCCGAUCCCCCCUACAAAUUCACUUGUGAAGAUGUUCGAGCAGACUCGAUCCGAUACCCCUACCAAAUCUGACGCCGCGGUGCCCUUGAGCUAUUCCCAGCACUCUCCGCCGCCGGUCCGAUCACCCAAGCCCCAGCGAACAUUCAAGCUUCCUCCAGAACCUAUCGAACACGGAGCGUUAUCGAGGCAGCGAACACGGACACCCCCGCCUGUCAAGCCGAAGCCAAAGCAUCAAAUUGAGCUGCCGCCCCCGCAAUACACUGAUGGCGCUCCUUACUUUCAGACGCCACAGAAGGACCCGAUGAAGUCACCGCCAAUCAAACAGAAGCCAGCGAAAUUGACCACAUCGAGGACGACCACUCCGCCGCCGCCAAAGCCACCGCCGCAACGAGGCUCGCGCCAGGCACGACCACAAUCAGAGGACAUGAAGCGCUCUGCCGUCACACGCCGAAGGCCUUCGACCUCAAUGGGUAGUGAGCAGACCCCGGGACUCACCAUCGUCCUUCAACACAUGACUGGAGAAUCGCUCUCCAGCGCCAUCAUGGGUGCUGCUUUGGCAUCUUCGCGGAACGCCUCGCCCGCUCCCUCGCAGCCAAUGACCAUCGAACCGCUCUUCCCGCCUCGAAAACACCACCAUCACCACUCUCCUUUCCACCACCGCUCGCCCUCUCCUCAGAAGCAAUCUCCGCCAAAAGUUGCUGGUAAAUUGCGCACCACCAUGCGCAAAGAGCCCUCGUCAUCCGAAGACGAAGACGAAGUCCGCCGGUACAAGAAGAAGGGCACACGCAUCAUGGGCAUUAAGUCGCGCAAACACCCUAAUAAGCACCACGAAGGCACACGCAAUCGCUGGCGUGAUGAGAUAACCGAACGCGAAAGGAAGCGGUACGAGGGUGUCUGGGCGGCGAACAAAGGGCUGCACAUCCCACCAUUGUCUUCUCAAACCGAGGACGACCCGUCGCAAGAUGUGCUGAAUUACGCUGUGCAGGACAUAUGGACUCGAAGCAGAUUGCCGGUACAUGUGCUUGAGGAAGUAUGGGAUCUUGUAGACAGCAGGGCGAUUGGGAGAUUGAAGAGAGAAGAAUUUGUGGUAGGGUUGUGGCUGAUUGAUCAGAGGCUCAAAGGGAGGAAGCUCCCGAUCAGAGUUAGUGACAGUCUGUGGGCCAGUGCCAGGGGCAUGGGACUCAACGUCAAGGUCAGAAGCGCUGGCAGAUACAACAAAUCGCCCGCAUUCACCGUGACCCUCAUCGGCCGCGCGAAUUCUGAAUACGGCGUGGUAUUCUCCCCCGGCCGGUCGGGAUCCCACGUCGGCAGCGUUCUAAGCUCCGGAUCUAGCGGAGCAUACGUUGCCGACAAAACCGAGCGCUCAGCCACACACGGCGCAGAUAUAGGCGGUAAGAUGACAAACUCCUUCUUCCCCGCCACCUGCACGAAGACAUUCUCAUAA